AUGUCCUACUACAACGACGCGUCGUGGAACGCACCAGCUCCUGGUCGACAGCCCUCGUGGGAGCAACCUCCCCCGCCCUCGCGAUCAGGUACUACACCAAUGCGCCCCGCCAGUCACAGUGCAUCCAUUCACCCAGAUGUAGGCACUAGCUCCACCGUCAACAGCGAAGUCGCCAAUGCCUACGCUUCUCAGUUCGAGGAGGUCGACCGUGCCAUUGAAAAUCUCGCUAAGAGCGGCAAGCCCUUUGGCCCCGGAUUCCCUCCCACGCCCAUGGGCGCUGCCCGCCGUGAGUCCAUGCCCAUGAUGGGAGGCGGUCCUCGCCCAUACCCCGAUUAUGACCAGCAGCGCAUGGGCGGUCCUCAGCGCCACCACUCAGUCAGCGAGUACGACGGCUCCCGCUCCCACUCGGCUUCCAAUGUACAGGGCUUCUACCAGAACCAGCGCUAUGCGCCCAGACCCAACGAUGCGGACCAGAUGGCACAGGCGAAGCGACGGAUGGCAGCCCAGCGAGAGCGUGAGCUGCGCAACUAUCACCAGGAGCAGCAAUAUCACAGAAACGUUUCGGGCUCAGGCUCCAAGUCGGACCGCUCCAUGAGCCCCAAUGCCAUGAAUGAAGACGAGCGCCGCGAACUCAUCGCCCGCCAGCACCGUGCUUUGUAUGGCGAGACCUCUACUCUGUACAACAACAACCCAACCUCGAGCCAGGACGUUCGCGUUCAGACUUCGAGUGCCGGACGCGGGCCGUCUCCCCUCGCUUUUGACCCUUUCGGCAUGCAGGCCCAGAAUGCUGCGGGCGAGGGCUCUGUUCAGAUGCCGCCCCGGGACAAGGAUGCGGCCAGUAGCGCCCAGGACGCCCGUGCCAAUAGCACCUCGUCCCCCUCGACUACACAGGCCCCCGCAUUCAAUCUGUUCGAGGCACAACAGGCCAACCGUACCUCCAACUCGUCGCCCGGCGGCUCACCACCCGUGCCAGGACAAAAGGCCAACGGUUCCGGCGUCGCCCCCAUCGGCACCCGUCCCCAGAACCAGAACCUUCAGCAGCCUGCCGGUGCUGCCAUGGGCAAGCGCACAAACUCGCCUCUGCCGUCGCCUCUGGGCUACAACUCGUACAAUGCAAGCGAGCAGAAUAAUGCAGCUGCUACUACAUCUGCUUCUAUGAAUCCCUCUUCGACUGUUACGGACAAGGGAUCUGCCCCACGCGCCACCUCACCGAACGCGGCCUCUUCAGGCUCAACAACCGCACGCCCUGCUUCGCCAAAGCCCCCAGGUGGCCCUGCGACCGUUAUGCGAAGGAAGGCAGCUGCCGACCGCGCUGAGAAGACCGCCAACCUGCGACCAAGCAGCACAAGGGCCGCCGGUGCUGGAGGCAGCUCAAGCACCAUGCUGAGGCUGUACACCGAUGAGUCCCCCGGACUGAAGGUUGAUCCUGUUGUUGUCAUGACCCUGUCUGUUGUCUUCAUCUUCAGCGUUGUUGCUCUCCAUGUCAUCGCCAAGGUUAUGCGCCGAUUCUCCGCAUAA